GACGAAGCGGCUGCCACAAUGAAAGGUUGGGAGGACAACAGUGCUGCGAAAAAGGGUCUGGAAACAGCCAGCUGCGUUUCGCAGAUCGAGUUUGCACGAGCGAUGACGGAGGAGUUUGGAGACGAGGCUGCUGCUGCAACCGGAGUUAGUGAAUGGGCCCAAGCAGGCCUCGGCAACUCUGAGCGUGAUGUGCACAGAGUUAUCAAGCGGCAGGGCUUGCGACUGGAGCUGGAAUUCAGCGAGAUGCGGCUAGGGGACGGACUUUCCAUAGAUUGGAUACGCCCGAUGAUUUGGUUGAAGUAUAUAGUCGAACACAACCUGUGGUUCCAUUUGGCAGGUUUGACGUGUCCAAACCUGAAGCAGUGCCAAAACACGUGGUCUGGAUAUUGGGAAAGGUUUUUUCAGCUGAACCCCGACUUCGACAAGCCUGCAGGUUUUGAUGUUCAGAACACAGCUGCCCUGUACAUACAUGGGGAUGAAGGUCGGACCCUCAAGAAGGCUGCUCUGAUGAUCAUGGGAUUUCAGUCAUGCUUAGGCUAUGGUUGCUCUGUAAACGGACGGACGCGGAAACGGAAAGCCGAUGGUGACAUCGGUUUCCAAGUGAACUAUGCAGGCCACUCCUACACGACGCGGUUUGUGACAAACAUGAUGUCGAAACAAGUUACAGAGUCGUCUUUCGAUAUGGCUGCUGAGGAGCUGGCUAAAGACUUGUCUCAGUGUCUGUUGACUGGUUACACAUACGGUGGUGUGACCUAUCGGUUUUGUGUGGUUGCAUGCAAAGGUGAUUGGCCAUUCCUGCUUCGUGCAGGCCAUCUUAACAGACACUUUUCGCGAUCUAUCAAGAAGCUUGGCAACGAAGCCCGAGGCAAAGGCGUUUGCCAUCUGUGCAUGGCUGGAACCGAAAACUACCCAGCAGAAGAAUGUGGCUACACCGACCCGAAGUGGCUGGAGACCGUACCAGCCCCCCCGCCAUGGCCCCGCACACCCCCAUUGCUCCGACAUUUGGCAUGCUCGAGAACAGACCCAGGUACUUUCUUUCAGCCUGAUCUCUGGCACACUGUGCAUCUUGGCAUUGGAAAAUCAUUCGCGGCAUCCUGCAUAACUAUGCUGAUUCUCACUUUGCCUGCUUACUGUUGUUUGACGAUGGAGAAGAGAUGGGAAACUGUCAGCGCGGAUUAUGUGUCCUGGUGCAAGGCGAACAAGAGACAGGCUUUUAUAACCAAGAUCGGCCCGAGCUUGGUUAACUACGGAGACAGCAGUGGUGCUGUCGGCGGAUGGCACAAAGGUGUGCUGACUACAAACCUGUUGCUUUGGUUGGAUUGCGUCUUGAGUCAAAACACAUGCUUGGGUGAGAAGAAGGUCAUCGUAGCUGCACGUGCUGCGCAAUGCAUCAACAGCAUGUUUCGUUUCUUGUAUACUGCUGGUGCUUUCUUGUCGAUGAAUGAAGGGGCCUAUGUGAGCAAGCAAGGGCUUCUGUUUUUGAGAAGCUACUGUGAGCUAGCUCAGAUCUUUUAUAGCGAAGGCAAGCCAGGCCUGUAUCCAUUAAUCCCGAAACUGCAUUCGAUGGAUCACCUCAUGCUGCGAGUGUAUUUUGACAGCCACCGAUGUGGCUUUUCAUGCAAUCCGUUGGCAACCGGAUGCCAACAGGAUGAAGACGUGGUGGGCAGAGUCUCACGUGUAUCACGCCGGGUGUCUAUCCGGAGGGUAAUUCGUAGAACCUUUGAGCGUUAUUUGGCAGGCAGCUUUGCUGUUUGGCUUGAGUCUGGCCUGCUGAUAACCAAGUGA